AUGAACGGUUGGAACUCAAAGUGGUUGUCAAAAGGGGGAAAAGAAGUUCUUAUUAAGUCAGUGGCUUCAGCGAUGCCUAUGCACGUAAUGUCAUGCUUUCGUCUGCCCAAAGGGAUUACGAAUAAGAUGACUAGUGCAGUCUCCAAUUUCUGGUGGAGUAAUAAUGGCCAAACUCGUGGUAUGCAUUGGAUGGCUUGGAAAAAGUUAUGUCGGCACAAGAAUGAUGGUGGAUUAGGAUUUCGGGUUAUUGAGGACUUUAACACGGCUUUACUUGCCAAACAACUAUGGCGGCUAAUAGACUACCCCGAAUCGUUAUUUGCACGAGUUUUCAAAGGACGGUAUUACCGGAACUCUACUCCUUUAGACCCUAUUAGAUCAUACUCUCCUUCUUACGGAUGGCAGAGUAUAGUAUCGGCUCGACCUCUGGUACAAAAAGGACUUAUUAAAAGGGUUGGUUCAGGAACAUCUAUCUCAGUUUGGGAUGAUCCAUGGAUUCCAGCUUCUAGCCCGAGGCCAGCCACAUGA